AUGUCCACCCCGGUGUCCCCUCCCCCGUCCCUCUCCCCGCUGACCCUGGCCUCCCCGACGUCGGCCGCCUCCCCCGGCGCCUCCCCCCUGCCCUCGCCCCUCUCCCCUCCGCCCAGGGUGCCCGUCUUCCAGAGGAAAGGAGCGCUGAAGCACAAGCGGAUCGUGGAGGUGAAGGACCACCAGUUCACGGCCCGGUUCUUCAAGCAGCCCACCUUCUGCAGCCACUGCACCGACUUCAUCUGGGGCAUCGGCAAGCAGGGCUUCCAGUGUCAAGUUUGCAGCUUCGUGGUUCAUAAAAGAUGCCACGAGUUCGUGACCUUCACUUGUCCCGGAUCCGUGACGGCGCCGAGGCCCGACGACCUGAAGAGUCGACACACCUUCAAAGUCCACACGUACUCCAGUCCGACGUUCUGCGACCACUGCGGCUCGCUGCUGUACGGACUCAUACACCAGGGCAUGAAAUGUACCUGCUGCGACAUGAACGUGCACCGGCGCUGUGAGACCAGUGUUCCCAGUCUGUGCGGGCAGGACCACACCGAGAAGAGAGGCAGGAUCCACCUGACCAUCAGAGGGGAGAAGGAAGACGUCUACGUCACAGUGCGGGAGGCUCGGAACCUGAUGCCGAUGGACCCGAACGGCCUGUCGGACCCGUACGUUAAACUGAAACUGAUUCCGGACCCGAAGAGCCACAGCAAACAGAAGACCAAGACCAUCCGCUCAACGCUCAACCCUGUCUGGAACGAGAGUUUCACCUUUUCCGUCCGUGGCCACCAGUGGGACCGGCGCCUGUCGGUGGAGGUCUGGGACUGGGACCGGACGUCCAGGAACGACUUCAUGGGGGCGCUGUCCUUCGGCGUCAGCGAGAUCUUCAGGCGUCCGAUCAGCGGCUGGUUCAAGCUGCUGGCUCAGGACGAGGGCGAGUACUACAACAUCCCGGUACCGGACCCAGACCUGCAGGAGCCCCAGCCAGACGGCGCCGCCCCCUCCAUGCCCCAGGCUGUCCCCGCCCCGCUGUCCGAGGCCUUCCCGGUGGCGCUGAGCCCGGUGCCGGUGCCGAGCUGCCCGCCCAUCCACAGCCCCAGCAAGGUCAAAGUGGGACUCCACGACUUCAACUUCCUCAUGGUUCUGGGGAAAGGCAGCUUCGGGAAGGUGCUGCUGGCGGAGGAACGAGGCAGCGAGCGUCUGUUCGCCGUCAAAGUGCUGAAGAAGGACGUCCUCUUCCAGGACGAGGACACGGAGAGCGCUCUGGUGGAGAGGAGGGUGCUGGCGCUGGCGUCCAGGCCUCACUUCCUCACGUCGCUGUACUGCGCCUUCCAGACCGAGGACCGGCUGUAUUAUGUGAUGGAAUACGUCAACGGAGGCGACCUGAUGUUUCACAUCCAGAUCGUCGGGAAGUUCAAAGAGGCCCACGCAGCGUUCUACGCAGCAGAGAUAGCGGUGGGCCUCUUCUUCCUGCACAGCAAAGGCAUCAUCUACAGGGAUCUGAAGCUGGAUAACGUGCUGCUCGACAGCGAGGGCCACAUAAAGAUCGCCGACUUCGGGAUGUGCAGGGAGGGCAUGUUCGAGGGCGACACCACCCGAACCUUCUGCGGCACGCCCGACUACAUCGCCCCGGAGAUCGUGGCCUACCAGCCCUACGAUAAGGCCGUGGACUGGUGGUCCUACGGGGUGCUGAUGUACGAGAUGCUGGCGGGACAGCCUCCAUUCGACGGGAUCGACGAGGAGGAGCUGUUCCAGUCCAUCAUGGAGCAGAGCGUCUCGUAUCCCAAGAGUCUGUCCCGUGAGGCCGUCGCCAUCUGCAAAGGAGUGAAUUCAUAUCAUCCGGCAGAGCGGCUGUCGAGCGCCGUUGAGGAGCCGGAAAAGAGAUCCUCCGACCCGGAAAUACUGGCCGCCAUGAACCAGGAGGACUUCCAGGGCUUCUCCUUCCUCAACCCGGACUUUGCCCCGUCGCCUCUCACCGCCGUUUGA